AUGUAUCCGGAGACGUUUGAAGGAUUCGCUGUCACGGACACUUCGAAGUGGUCUACAGUGUCCAAGAUUGAUUUCAAGCCUAAACCGUUUGAGGCCUAUGAUGUCGACAUUAGAAUUCUAGCUUGCGGAGUUUGUGGGUCAGAUGUUCAUACAGUCAAGGGCGGUUGGAGCCAGCCUAUGCUGCCAGUCAUUCCCGGUCAUGAAAUUAUUGGAGAAGUUGUAAAGGUGGGAGAUAAAGUGAGCACCGUCAAGGUUGGUGACCGGGUUGGUGUGGGUGCUCAAAUAUACUCUUGUCUCGAUUGCGAGACGUGUAACGAAGAUCACGAGAACUAUUGCCGGAAGAGAGUAAGCACUUACAAUUCCUUAUAUGCCGACGGAACCGUGACAUAUGGUGGCUACUCGUCACACAUUCGCGCCCAUGAGUACUUUGUUUUCCCAAUUCCAGAUGGUCUCAAGACGGAAGACGCAGCACCUAUGCUUUGUGCGGGCAUCACGACGUAUGCUCCUUUGGUUGAGAAUGGAUGCGGGCCGGGAAAGAAGGUAGGAAUCAUUGGAAUUGGCGGGCUGGGUCAUUUUGCGAUUAUGUUUGCCAAGGCGCUGGGAGCCGAGGUGUACACAUUUUCGCGUACCAGUAAGAAAGCAGAAGAUGCCAAGAAGUUGGGAAGCGAUUACUAUAUUGCAACCUAUGAGGAAAAGGACUGGGCAGAGAAGUAUGCGAGAAAACUCGACCUCAUUGUUUCUUGCGGCAAUUCAGCUCAGAACUUUGAUCUGGCUGGGUAUCUGUCUUGUCUGAAAGUUCAUGGGAAAAUGAUCUCUGUUGGGCUGCCUGAGGAACCAUUUACUGUCAGUGCGAUGCCCUUUAUGAACGGGGGAGUGUUCUUUGGCUCCUCUCAUUUAGGAAACAGACCGCAAAUGCUGGACAUGCUAAAGCUUGCUGCAGAGAAAAAGCUUGCUGCCUGGACUGAGCUUCUGCCAGUUUCCGAAAGCGGUAUCAAAGAAGCUCUUGAGAGAUGUCACGCAGGAGAUGUUAGAUAUAGGUUUGUGCUGACUGGCUAUGACAAAUUCAAAGGUUGA